CACCAGUUUGACGAGCUAGAGAAGGAGCUAGAGGCGUAGUUAGUGAGCAGCAAGUUCAAGGGAAGCCAGCUAGAGAAAGGCAGUGUAAGCGUCACGGAGGAUGCCUAGUUAAGAUUUUCAGUAGCGGCAACGACAGAGACUACCUAGUUAUUUGCAAUUUAUGAUUAUGAGUAUAGACUGGUGACUCGCUACGACACAACACCUAACAAUGGCCAAGUGUAACAAUGAAAGGGACUGCAGUAUAGUGGCACAAGUAAUAAAUAUCGAAUCCAAGGGUCUCUAGAGUUACUAUUACUCAGCUUCAGUUCAUUAUCUAGCAAACUAGAUUAAGGAUUGAUUUAUAAACUACUCUACUGACUACUCUACUAAUUACAAGUUGGGAACUCACUUAGGUAUGAUUCCCCCUAGCUCCUCAAUUAGGUCCAAGUUGCAAUUACUUUUGGUUGGUCUACUGUUGAUUAAACUGCGGAAGAUCCUAAAUUAGUUUGGAAUCUCUUAAGCUGACCAAGCCCUCUUAGACAGAAUACCCGGCAGGCGACUAGCCUUCACCGGGAUAGACUACUAAGGCGAUUCACACAGAUCUCCACUACUGGAAUGAAUUCCAGUACAAAGCAGUGAAUUAGUUGACUCUCGCACAACCACUUCACCACUAUCAAUCAAGGAAGCUCUCUUAAGCUAAUCAGAUUCUAUCUAUCAUAGGUUAAAGCAGAAAUCAAGAGAAUUUGAUCAAGAUUCAAUUGACUCAAUAAAUCAUGCCUCAAUCGAUUAUAAUCAAACAAUAUAGCAUCCAAAACUUAAUACAAGAAAGAUCCUAACACAUGGAACUAGGGUUCCUCAAAACCUAAGUGAAGGGAAGUUACUCCAUAGAGAAGAGAGACUGCAGAAAUAUGAUCUAGAUCUUCAAUCUCCAUCUCCAAGAUUGAUUCCCGAGCUCCAAUGGCGAAGAAAUCCUCCAAAAUAUCUCCAAGAAUGUUCCCAAGUUGCUCUCUCUCUAGGGUUCGUCCCUUGGGUGUUUGGGAACCAAAAACCCAGCUCUCCCCUUUCCUUUUGCUGAAAAUCGGGUUUUAAAUAGAAAUUCCUGAUCACGCGGCCAGGCCACACGGCCGUGUGGCUUUCCUAGCUGCCCGUGUGAAGGCUCGGUGAUUUUCACACGGCCACGACCCACACGGUCGUGUGGAGUUCCAGGAUGCCCGUGUGGCUUGCUCAGCCUCUGUUUAAUGCUUCGUUUCUCCCUCGUACGGACUCCAAAUCAGUCCCCGUUUGAUCCCAGACGCUCUUAGUCUUGUCCUAUUUCUUUUCAUGAUAAGCUUGCAUGAUUAUUUGUCCAUAAAGUAAGGUAGAAAUCCAUUCUUCUUCAGGUCAUGCCCGAGUUUCUUCUCCCGAAUCGUCAAUUGAUCUCUGAUUGAUUUGAAACUUGCGCCUAUGCUUCACUUUAUGUGCUAGGACCUGAAAUGUGACAAAGGAACACAACCUAGCAUAAAAUAGGACAAAGACGCAAUAAUUCAAGCUCAAACAAUCAAGAAACAAAGGGGAAAACAUGUGCAAAUACCGAGUCAUCAAAUCCCCCACACUUAACUGUUUGCUUGUCCCCAAGCAAACCUAACUCAAACCAAUGCAGCUCUCCAGAACUCUAUAGCAACAAACAACCCCGAUCGUCGGUAGAGGAUUUCCUAGAUCAUAUAGCAGCUUACGAGGUCAACUGGUCUUCUAAGACGUCCCCUAUCUCUCUCAAUGCGAGUACUAGACUCAAGCCAGGAACAUGAGAAGAAGUAGAAGUAAGAAAGUCAGUUCAUGGACAAAGGGACUAACACCAUUCACAACCAAGGACUCGUUGUACCGGGGUGCUCUUUCACUUCAUUUCACCGCUGGAACCCCUUUUUGCACUUUCAUUUACAUUUCUUUUUCUCUUUUUUUCUUCAUUCACUUGGCGGGGGUUCCAACUGCAGUCUUUUGCACGGUCGACCCUUAUUAGGCGAGCAAGAGCAAUUUUUGUACAUCUAGCGCUUGCCAAAGUACUUCUUUUAACUCCUUUUCCUCAACUCGUGUGGAGGGUCAAUGAAAUCAAGGGGGGUCGGAAGCUCUAUCCAUGCCCUCAAGUAGGCAAACCGUUCAACGGGUGGAAGUUUUACUUGUACUGGAGACAGCUUAGCUUCACCUUGUAGGAGUACCCCACUAAGGAUCACUAAAAUCUCCUCCAAAACCCGAUUUUGUGCAAUGAAUGGUGCCACACACGUUGGGCUUACCCCAUGUUUAAGAUUUUUGAUGAUUUCGACAAGGAGGACCAACUGCUUUUCAUUUGCCACAUGAGCACCAUGUUCAAUACACGAGUCCAUAACACAAUUCAAACAGAGUCCACAUUACCACAUGAAACGGUCUUAGCUCCACUAAUUCACAAAAUCAACUGACACAGCAGAGAGCUAGAUAGGAAAAAUCUUAUACUUCAACAUCCUCCAUAGUGCUACACUACCUCCCUAGGUUGCACAUUACUAUAGAGACUGUCAAUUCAAAGCAUACUGAGCAGGCAAUUUGCAAGGAAACACGUACUUGGAGCCCUCAAAUUUAAAAUAAAAUUUGUACAGUGGACUAGGCUCCAAGCACACAAACAACCAAACAUUCACCCGCAUACAUAAUCGAACAUCCCCCCUGACUCACUUCUACUGUCACUCCAGGAAUUGGCCAAGUGAAACCACUUCCUAAAGCGUAGUAUAGCGGGUUUGGGUUUAAAUGUCAACCCGGGUCCUAGAUUUGAUGACUACUUAGUGAAUUCUUGUUAUCUAGCAAUGAAAAUUUAAUGCAAGUCUAAACUAACAAACUAACAAAGCAAGUAAACUGUUGUAUUCAGGUUAAGAGAGGUCACCCGGAUAUGGUUCCCCCUAGACUGUAGUUAAGGCGGAUUGCAAUUACCAAGUUCAGUUUCUAUGAAAGUUAUACUGCGGAAGGUUCUUAAACAGCCUGAAGUCUCGACUAAAGGUCUUCAGACCCUCUCAAUCUGAAUCUCUAGCGGGCGACUAACCUCCACCGGAGUAAACAGAUUGAGGCCUUAACAAACAAAACCUCCACUACCGGAGUAAAUCCGGUACAGAAUAGUGAGUUGGCUCCUCGACUAAAGUCACCAACUCCCUACCUUCAAUCAAGGAUGCUCUAUCAACCUAGGCAGAUAUUCUCAUUCUAGGUUAAAGCAGAAACAACAGGAAUUUGAUCAGGAUUCAAGUCAUUCAAUCAAUCAAACCUCAAUCGAAUAUAAUCAAAUCAUAGAAUCAGUACUUGGGUUCAUACAAUCAAAGCCUAACAUACAAAUCUAGGGUUCUCCAUACCCAGAUGAAUGGGAGAACUACUCCAUGGAGAAAGAAGCAAAAGCAGAAUCAGACGCGGAAUUCAUACUGUGAAGGAUGGAUUCCUGCUCCUGGACGUUGAUCGGCACUUCUCCAAGCUCAAACUGGCCUCCAAUGGUGAUGAAGAUCAAGCUAGGGCACUUGGAGACUCUUGUUCGUCACUUUCUCUCUCUAGGAAUCGCUCUGUCUCUCUAAAACUCGAAUCCCCAUCUCUUUGGCUGAAAAUCUACUUAAAAGGGCAUCAGUGGCCAAAGCACGGUCGAGGGCACGGCCGUGUAAUGCCUCAGCCCGCCCGUGCUUUGGCUAGGGUUAAUUACACGGCCAGUGGAAUGGGGGAAACAAGGGCGUGUUUUGGAGAGGACACGGCCGUGCUUUGGUUGACACGGCCGUGCUUUCAGCCCGUGUUUUUAGCCAAUAUUUGCCAAACUCGAAUUUGCUCUCGGCAGUAAAAGCACGGCCACAGAACACGGCCGUGUUCUGUUUUAGGUCUGCCCGUGUUUUGGCUCCAGCUCGACGAAAUGACUUCCGAAUGCCCCGAAACUCGUGCUUAGCCUUUCCUUUGACGCUUGGGACCUGAAAUAUGACAAAAUAGCACAACCCGGCGUAAAAUUGGCCAAAAUACACGACUAUGCCUCUCAAACGGAUAAGAAUUAGGGGUGCAAAUACGUGCAAUUACAUCGUUAUCAAAUUCCCCCACACUUAACCAUUUGCUUGUCCCCAAGCAAACCAAGUCAGACACAAGGUAAGCUCAAAACAACAAGGCAUGACAUAUCGGCACAAAACACGUGGAUCAUACUGGCUUUCGAUCAGUAACACAUGGAAAACUUCAAUGACAACCUAGACAACCACCACAGAUGACAUUCGAAUGCAGUAAAAUCGAACAAAAGAAGAGUCUCCCUUCUGUUCACCAACCAACAUAGACUUGACUCAACCACUUGUUCAAAACAGUCACAUCAUGCACAAAGUUCAAGAUAUCAGAAUUAAGACCGAGCAAUCUAGGUCCUCACCGGGAUAAAGAGUAUAGAGAAUAAGAGAAAAUGAAUCGCUCACUCUCGACCAGUGGGGUCAGGACAAUAUGAUGCAAAAAAUGCGCAUGCUUAAUCUCUCAAUCCCUAACAUCUCUUCAUCAUGAAUGCAGCCUCUAAGUGCUAGAGUUCACAUAUGGGGUGUCAUCACUAACUAAUCCGGAGGUCUUAGACACAGGUUCAGAUGACUGGCUAGGGUCUUGGACAUGGGGAAAAGGCCUUUUAGGUGGUGGAAGUAUUCAUACAGCACAAGGUUCCACAUUUCCAAACCCAACAGACUCACAAUCAAUCAAACCAAUAACUUUCGUUUUGCUAUUCUGCAUUACUCAAGUUCAGAGCACAAGAGCGAAGGAGGUUACAUAAAUGCUAGUAUUUCUAAGCCAGACUGCUAAGAAACACUACUACAUGGG